AGCGUUCCGACGUCACCGGAAGCGGAUGAGGAUAUUUUGGUUUCACUUCCUUGACUCGAUUGUUUUUAUUUUAUAUUUUAAACAGUUAUUUUUGCAUCGAUUUAAAUUAGUUUUUUAACGAAUAAUCCGCGAACAUUCCUUUAAAUAUAGCAAAUGAGACAUGAGGAAAAUCCUUGCAUUUAUUUAUAUUUAAUUAUUAUUUGUAUUUUAUUAAGAAUUGUAUUGUAUCUCCCUCUAAUUCGUGUGUUUGGUGUUUGUUUUCAUUUAAAUAAACGAGAAAAGAAAAGGUUCAGGUGUGUUUGGUGUUGAAACAAAGUCAGAGACGGAGGGAGAUUCAGUCACUCUAAACUCUGGUCUUAUUGAAAUAAUGGAUAAUGAUCUGAUUUUGUGGACUAACAGCUAACUAAUGGGAGAUUCAGAGACAGACUGAAGCUGGACAAUCAGACUGGAUCUCUGACCAUCACAAACACCAGAACUGAAGAUUCUGGAGAAUAUGGACUAAUUACUAACAAUGUGUUCAAGACUUUCAAUGCUACCGUCUGCUCGUCUGUCUGUUCCUGUCAUCAGCAGUAACUCUUCACAAUGUUCUUCAUCAUCAUCAUCAUCAUCGUAUUGUUCAUUGUUGUGUUCAGUGGUGAAUGUGAGUCAUGUGACUCUCUCCUGGUACAAAGGAAACAGUUUAUUGUCCAGCAUCAGUGUGUCUGAUCUCAGCAUCAGUCUCUCUCUACCUCUGGAGGUGGAAUAUCAGGAUAAAAACACCUACAGCUGUGUGCUCAACAAUCCCAUCAGCAACCAGACCAGACAUCUGGACAUCAGUCAACUCUGUCACACAUGUUCAGUGGGAUCUUAUGCAGAUUUUUCAGAGCAAACAACCCAGCAACCUUCCACUGCAAGCACAGAAGCAGGAAUCCCUUUUUAUCAGCCAGAAGUGUUUGUUGAGACAGAAACAGAGAAGUCAGUGAUGGAGGGAGAUUCAGUCACUCUACACACUGGUCGUACUUACCUGAAUGAUGAUUGGAUUCAGUGGUGGUUUAUAAAUAAAAACAAUUUCAUAGCCGAAAUCAAUGUACCGGAGGGCAGAUUCAAUGUAUAUGAUGAUGUUCUUGAUGGGAGAUUCAGAGACAGACUGAAUGUAGAUCAUCAAACAGGAUCUCUGACCGUCACAAACACCACAACUGAACAUGCUGGAGUCUACGAACUAGAGUACAACACUAUGAGCAGGCCUUCUUUUUAUCUCACUGUCUACGCUCGUCUGUCUGUUCCUGUCAUCAGCAGUAACUCUUCACAGUGUUCUUCAUCAUCAUCAUCAUCAUCAUAUUGUUCAUUGGUGUGUUCAGUGGUGAAUGUAGGUCAUGUGACUCUCUCCUGGUACAAAGGAAACAGUUUAUUGUCCAGCAUCAGUGUGUCUGAUCUCAGCAUCAGUCUCUCUCUACCUCUGGAGGUGGAAUAUCAGGAUAACAACACCUACAGCUGUGUGCUCAACAAUCCCAUCAGAAACCAGACGAGACAUCUGGACAUCAGUCAACUCUGUCACACAUGUUCAGACUCUGUCCACUGUUGUGGUUCUACUGAAGCCGUGAUCCGAUUGGUCCUCUCUGCUCUGGUGGGCGUGGCUACUGUGAUUCUUCUGGUUUAUGACAUCAGAUCCAGAAGAGCUGAACAAGAUCAAACACAUAUUCACACAUCAGAAACCUAAAUGACGAUGUCGCUUUUCUUAUUUAUUAAUCUUCAUGUAUUUGUAAUGGCUUUAUCCACCUUUUUCUUGCUGUAAAAAUGGGUGCGGCCAUUUGUAAAUUCUAUGGGUGUAGCUUCCGGUCUCAUCCGCGUCCAGCUAUUUUUAGCUAUACAAAACAGUUUGUUUUUCUGCUUGAUAUUGAAAAUUGGUGUGUCUUACCAUAUUAUUUUAAUGUAUUAUCUUAAUUAUGAACACACUGGUUUGUAGUGCAAACAGUUUUACCGUUUACUGCAGGUUGUUAUUCUCCUCGUUAUUUACCUAUAGCGGCUAAUGAACUGGAAGUCUCACCCAUAGGCUUACUUCCGCAUUGAAGAAAAAGGUGGAUAUAUUAAUCUGCUGGUAUCAAUGUUAAUUUACAGGCAGCUCAUUUCAGUACAUAACAGCAGACAACAGACAUUUAAUUGUUUAAUCAAAGUUAUUGCUAAGGAUAAUUUAGUAGUCGCUGGAUAUUGGUAGGGACAUGUCAUAGUAUCUCUACUAAAUUCUACAUCUUUGACAAUCAUAACAAGCGAUGUCCGACUUUAGAAACUAUAGUUCUCUCCUUAAAUAUGAAGGGAUCAUGCAAAAGAUUAAUGAGUUACUCCAAAUUUCACAAAAAAACUUACGGACAAUUAUAAUGAAAGUCAGACACUUAAGUGAGUUCCUGUUUCUGUCACUCUUCUGAGGAAGAUUCAUUCACUUGUUUUAUACCCACACAGAGAAAUGUUGGUCAGAUUUUUUUAAUGUUCAUCCGGAUCUCAUUUUGUAAGUGACUUCUUUUCGUUAUAAAGAUGUUUUCUUUUGGAUUGUCUGAGCACUCAGAAGAGAACAUAGGAAAAUAUAACUUACUUAAUUUGUGUUUCCUGUUAGCUAAAUUUCACAUAAACAAAAAUCUGGCUCUAACCUCUGCCAGGUAGUUGUGCAGGCUUUGUACGUGAAUAAAAUUCAAAUUGUGUGGGGUGUAAGCAAAGUUUAUGUUUUAUUUUGUAAUAAUUUAAAAAUACAUUUAUUUCACCACUCUUGUGAAU